AUGUCAAAUGUUGAAUUUAUUAAUCCAGAGAAUUUACCCGUGGAGAAGUUAACUUUGUUAGUGAAGAAUGCCGGCGUUGUUCGAGAAGUCAAAGCAUUGGACCCUUACUGGGUGGAGAAACGUGAGAUGACACUUUAUGAGAGGCCACCUUCAGGCAGCAGGAUAGUGCUGGGUGCCAUAGACGCGUGGAAGGUCAGGAUGGAGGGUUACAUAGAAGAUAUGAAGUGGUUGCUAGGCUUAGAACAUUAUAGGUUUUGGAGCACAAUAAUACACCAUCCAAGCUGUAUGGAUGCGCUGGUAUCGUUCCUACAGGAAGCGACCCCACCUUACCUUCCACCACAUGAGUCCAGAGAUGUGCAGAGGCUGUACGAGGAGAUCAGGAGGAUGGUACUGAUAGUAUUUAGUAGACUCGUAACUAAUAAGGAGAGUAAGGCACAUUGGAUGAGCAAAGAAUACAUGGCAGACUUACUAUAUAAUAAAUUCAUUUUCACAGUCCCUAUUAUAUGGGACUUAUGUUUAACAUACGGAGUAGACAAUGGGAGGCACGUGAGCCGUGUGCUGGACUGUGUGUUUGCGCUGCAACCGCAGUACGAACGUGACGUCACAGCAGCACUCGCGUUUGUCAAAGAGGCAUUUAAAUAUAUAAUCCUACAAGUAAACAAAGACUACGACAGCGAAGAACCGCCUAACUUGCCUGAAACCUUCAAGGGGUUUUCGGAGAUAAGGCGUCCGUCCAGUUCGAAGACUCCUGAUAGACUGACUUUUGAUUUACUAAAAGACUUAGUAAUACACCUGGUAGAUACGGCUAUGACUAUGAGAAUAUUUGUUGAAGUGUACCCCAAAGCAGCAGAUGUAUUCAGGAAAACGAAUUUUAUUAUUAGUAUAGUUCAACUUUAUGAGUAUGGCAUCCCACUUCUAUACGAGAAGCUGGAGGAGACGGGAGACGAGACGAGCGUACAGUUUACAGAAGUAGAAGGCUACAUAGAUACCGCAAGAGCAGAGCUAGUAGACGUUUUUAGAGAAGUGCUUGCCGUGUAUAAGAAUAAGAUAUUUAGCGGACAGGGUACCAUAGAGUCCAAUGUUGAAGACUACUUGGCAGUUAUGAUGGAUGGACUAUCAGAGAAACUGCUCAUCAAAGACUACCACACCUGCUACGCUGUCCACGAGGACAUGGAGAUGUUGCGACAGGCCUACCCUGAUAUCGACACAGUUAAGACUGACUUCAUUCUUCAAGCAAUAUAUUCUAACUUAGACGAGCCCGCACCAGAUAUGCCCACACCGACGCCACAAAUGACAAACGGCCAUGGUAGCCAUAUUGAACCUGAGGCCACGCCCACCAGGGAUACGGAAAUACCCGACAACGUCCGAGAGGAGUCGUUGAUAAGCGAAGUGAAGGAUAUUCUGCCACAUUUGGGAGACGGGUUUAUAUUAAAAUGUUUACAACAUUAUGGCUUUAAUGCGGAAAGAGUUAUUAAUAGUAUACUGGAAGGGAAUUUAGCGGAGCCUUUGACAGGUUUGGACCAGUCCCUCCCAUUAAUUCCCGAAGAUCGAUUAGAUAAGAACUUCUUAGAGACCGGCAUCCAGAGGCUGAACGUGUUCGAUGGUGACGAGUUUGAUAUAAUGACCCGGGAUGACGUCGACGUCAGCAGGAUCCACAUUGGCAAGAGGAAGUCCAAAUACAGGGACCUUAAAGCUAUGCUGGAUGACAAAAGUCACAUCAAGCAGAGGGAAGAUAUUUAUAGUAAAUAUAAUUUGGUGUGUGAUGAAGUGGCGAUGUACUCGGACGAGUACGACGACACGUACGACUCUGAGGACGUGGCGCCGCGCGCGGACGCGGCGGAUGACCCUCGCCGCCCCUUCGUCACGCCGAGAGCCCUGCAGCCGCGGGACUCCAAGCACGACCAGGAGGAGGAGUCAGAAGAAGAGUCGGACAGUAACAUGGAAGUGGCAGGCAACAGUAACAGGAAUAAGAUGGACUUCUGCUCGAAUCCUGAGGAGGUGCGCGCGCGCAGAGAGGCCAACUACCUCGCGCGGGGGGGGAAGGGACAUCGACCUGCGCCUCAGGCUCAACCUAGAACUGUGGACGUAGUCGGCAAACCCAAAGGUCAAGGUCAAGAGAAGGAUGUUCUCCACAACAGGGAUAAGAAGGAGAAGCAUAAAUCCGUCAGAGGAAACCACAACAGAAGACAAGGCGCGCAGUGGAAACGAAGUCAGGGAAUGAUGCCAUCUUAG